CUUCCGCUGUUUAUUUAUUUAUUAUGCCUUUAUAAUGGAAGCCAGGCGAGGGGAUUCUCUCUCUUUAUCUCACACUUAUCUUUUUCUCCUUACCCAGAUUCUCUCUGCCAUCUCUGUCAAUUGUAUUCUCUCUGCCAAUCAUGCCUUCUUAUGAGAAGGCCAUGCCUCUAGGCCGCCCUCUACCAAAAUUUGGCGACUGGGAUGUCAACGACCCUGCCUCAGCUGAAGGAUAUACUGUCAUAUUCAACAAGGCCAGAGAUGACAGAAGGUCUGGCGCUAGAACUCCAUUGAUUCUGGCAGCACCAGACAAAUAUGAUGCCCGUAAAAAGGAGGACAAAUAUAAGUACCCCAAAAAGGUAUGCAUGCCUAAUUAUAGGUUUUAGUGAACAAUGUGUUGGUCUAAUUAACCUAUUGAAUUGAAUCUCAACUGUAAAUUACAUUUUGGAUGCAGAGCAAAUGGCUUUGCUGUGGUUAAGACAAGAAAGAGAGCGAGAGAUGUUCUUGUUUUUCUCCUUCCCCAUUUAUUUCCUUUAAAUAUUGAUUGUUUGGCUGUUUUUUUUCUUCAAGGACAAUGAUGUACAUUGAAGAUUGAGUAAUAAAAUUCUAAUAUAUUUUUUUGGGUUGCCCAAUCUCUUCUUGAUGCAACUUAAAUUGGGUGUGGCUGAAUGAUCUGAAAUAGCCAAUAUGGGCUCAAAUUGGUUAAUCUAAACUUAAUUUGCACUUACUUGGAAGCAGUAGCAGCUAUGGUUUGAUUAGCACACGAUUAAUUUCACGCAAGACCACCAUUCAACGAUUUCUAUAACCAGAGAAAAAUGAAAAAGAAAUAAAAACUAUUAUCAGUCCGUUCUCUUCUGUUCUGUGCGUCUUUUAAGACAGUGAUCCGAUGGAUUUCUAACAAGCCACGUGUACACUUGCACACUUUUUAAGUCUUCGAUUUUGUCCACGAAAGACCGCAGAUGUUACCUUGUGUUCCCUUCUGGUCAAACAUUAUGUGGGAAUGCCAUUCUGCCAUUCUCGAUUGAACUCCCCUCUGGACCCAGAAAAGGACACACCUUGAAGUUGAUGCCUUGGGAUGGCGGGCGUCCUAAAUUCUUCUAAUUUCAGAUCUUAAAACGUACUGGGUGAACCCAAAAUUCCUCAAAUGCAAAGAAAAUGGCAAGCUGUGCAGUGUAUGGUGGCUGUGCCAGCGACUACAUAGCCAUCGCUAUAUCUGCCGUCUUUUUCAUUUUGCUUCUUUCGCGGUUAAUCUUGCCCUUUGCCAUUCACAAGAUUCCUCUACCGAAACGCAGUAGCUUUUGGAUUCCAGUUAUUCAAAUUUUUGCCAGCUUCAACCUUCUGUUGUCAAUUGUGAUGUCUGUCAAUUUUCUGAAAUUCGAAAAGAGACAUUGGUGGCAGUCUUGCUAUGCGUGGGCAGUCUGGAUUGAAGCUCCACUUGGCUUUGGUUUAUUACUGAGCUGUCGCAUAUCACAGGCCUUCCAGCUGUAUUACAUUUUUGUCAAGAGGUGUCUACCACCAAUCAGAUCUUAUAUUUUCCUUCCACUAAUUCUCUUGCCAUGGAUUGCGGGGGCUGCACUUAUGCAUAUCAAGAAGCCUCUAAAUUAUCGAUGCCACAUGGGGACUCAGUGGAUCAUCCCAGUUGUGUCCCUUCACGCAAUCUAUGUUGCCAUUUUGGUUGGGUUCACGGGGGCUGUUCGGCAUAUAGAGUUCAGGUUUGAUGAACUUAGAGACCUCUGGCAGGGAAUACUUGUCUCAGCCUCUUCUAUUGGAGUAUGGGUUGCUGCUUACAUUUUGAAUGAAAUUCAUGAUGAUAUCUCAUGGCUUCAAGUUGUCUCUAGAUUUACGCUCUUAGUUACGGCAAGCAUUCUUGUAUUAUCUUUCUUUUCGAUAUCAAGUUCACAACCUCUUCUAUCGCAAAUCAGCUUGAGGAAAAGGGAACCCCUAGCAUUUGAGACAAUGGGUCAGGCUCUGGGUAUACCUAACAGUGGACUACUAUUACCAAGGGAACCAGCACCAGUGAUAGACCCUAAUGAGCCACUUGAUAAACUGCUUAUGAACAAAAGAUUCCGUCAGUCCUUCAUGUCCUUUGCAGACAGUUGUUUGGCAGGGGAGAGUGUGCAUUUUUACGAGGAAGUGCAUGAACUUGGUAAGAUACCAGUGGAUGACCCUGUAAGAAGGAUUUACAUGGCACGACAUAUCAUCGACAAGUACAUAACUGCAGGUGCAACAAUGGAGGUGAACAUUUCUCACCGAAGCAGGCAAGCGAUUUUGACUACUUCCAAUCUGGCACAGCCAAAUCUGUUCAAUGAUGCAUUGAAUGAGCUGAUACAGUUGAUGAAAAUGAACUUGGCAAACGAUUACUGGUCAUCCACUUACUUCAUGAAGUUCAAAGAAGAAGCCAGUUUGAGAUCGCAUGAGCUACAACAGAUGACAAGUUGGAACUCUCCCACUCCCAGGUUGAGUUCUGUACGUGGUGUCGAUGAUCCAUUUCACCAAGAACAAGAACCAUGACUUUGUCCUUUACUCGCCAUAUCAAAAUAAAAAUGUGUUUGAUUCGCAGACGGGCUUAAUUAGCGUCACUUGCGUACAUAGGAACUUUUUCACAUAUUAUUGAAAUGACAAGAAUUAGAGAGGUAAACUAUUUCCAACCAUUCAAAAUCUCAAAACGGAUUUGUCUCAAAACUGACAUCCCAUAAACUUUUAUAGAUGGGCUUCACUAUCUUUUGAAGUCUUUUUUAAUUCAUGACAUUUUCGAUCUGUAUUUAA